AUGUUGCUUCGCCAGGCCUGUCGCCUCUGUGGCUAUCCCCGUCGCGUCACUGUUGCUACUAUGGAAGAUGGAUGUGUCGUCGGCAAGGCAGUGAGCGAGGUAUCUCCUUCAGUUCCUGGUGAGCAGGUUCUAUCCCACGCAGCACAGAAGCAUGCUCAGGGUCCUGAGGGACCGAGUCCAGGGGUGCAGCGUGGCGCAAUUAGAGGAAGGCCUCGACGCAACUCCUCGGGACGGGGCACACUCGCCUGGCAGAGGCCGUCUACUGUUAGGGUGCUCGUUAUGUCGAGCGAAACCGCUGUGCCCAUCAGUCUGCAUCUCCAUGUAUGCCAUGCGGACACCACCCAUGUGCAAUCGGUGGAACGCAGUCUGCUCGGUCUCGAAGAAGACCAGUGUCUGGGUCUCCAGGAGGCUCGGGACUGCCUUGUGGAGCGCAUCAUGAUCGUCCCCUGA